ACAAACAAAAAUAAAUAACCUUUAGUAGGUAGGAUGUUAUGUUAUAAAUAAUGCAAACUACCCACUAUCACCUAUAGGCCCACACCUUUUACUUCCUCCUAUAAAAAGACAUGUCUUAGAUCCAUGAGACAUUCAGUGGAAGGCUAGGGCAGGUAUACAGAGCUGUGCAUGCAGUCAUCCCUCUCUCACUUCCAGUACUCACUAGUCUGAUACUGGCAGCGUGGGUCGGGGAGGUGCUGGGAAGGUGAUGUCGUAAAGCUGAGAGUGUCGUAAACCAGGUGCGGAGAGAGAGAAGGGGAGGUGAAGAGGAGGGAGGUGGAGGGAGAGGAGGGAGGUAGGGAGGGAGGUGGAGGAGGAGGAGGUAGGGGGGUGAGAGAGGAGGUGACUCUCCGUGCAGCAUUUAGACACAACGAAAGGAUCAUGGCGGAUGGCCCCAGGUGUAAGCGCAGAAAGCAGGCGAACCCGAGGAGGAACAACGUGACUAACUACAGUAAUGUGGUGGAGGCCGGCUCAGACUCGGAUGACGAGGACAAGCUGCACAUCGUGGAGGAGGAAGGCAGCCUGGCGGACGGGGCCGACUGCGACAGCACCCUGCCAGACGACGAGCACCCCAGGGAGCACUGCUGGGACGGAGUGAAGGAGGAUUGUGUGUCAGACGCCGAGGACGAUGUGAGCACGGACGCCCUCGUGGAGGAGAUGCUCCAGCAGGGAGACACGGCCGUCAUCUACCCGGAGGCCCCAGAGGACGAGCCUCAACGCCAGGGCACCCCCGACGCCAGCGUCCACGACGAGAAUGGAACUCCUGACUCCUUCUCCCAGCUGCUCACCUGCCCGUACUGCGCACGUGGCUACAAGCGUUACAGCUCCCUGAAGGAGCACAUCAAGUACCGGCACGAGAAGACCGAGGAGAGCUUCAACUGCCCCGAGUGCAGCUACAGCUUCGCAUACCGCGCUCAACUGGAGCGGCACAUGACGGUCCACAAGGGCGGACGGGAUCAGAGACACAUCACACAGUCGGGAGGCAAUCGUAAAUUCAAGUGCACUGAAUGUGGCAAAGCAUUUAAAUACAAGCACCAUCUGAAGGAGCACCUACGCAUCCACAGCGGAGAGAAACCCUACGAGUGCUCCAACUGCAAGAAGCGCUUCUCCCACUCAGGCUCAUACAGCUCCCACAUCAGCAGUAAGAAGUGCAUCAGCGUCAUCUCAUUUAACGGCAGACCGCGCUUGGGGAACGCCAAAACCCAGACCCAGGGUCCAUCGCCGGCGCUGCCCACGUCGCCCUCGGUCCUCCGCACCCAGAUCAGGGAGAAGCUGGAGCACAGCAAGCCCCUGCAGGAGCAGCUGCCACUCAAUCAGAUCAAGAUCGAGCCCGUGGACUACGAGUACAAGCCAACGGUGAUAGCGUCCCCGGCUAUGGCCGCGGUGAACGGCGGGGUUUUCAACGGAGGCGCCGCGGCUCCUCUGCAGGGCACAGUGCAGGCCGUGGUCCUGCCCACUAUGGGGCUGAUGUCACCCAUCAGCAUCAACCUGGCAGACCUGCAGAACGCUCUCAAAGUGGCGGUGGACGGCAACGUCAUUCGCCAGGUGCUGGAAAGCAAUGCCAAAGGCCAGGUGCAGAUGACCUCGGGGUUAACCACUGGAAUGCUCCAUCCCGCACAGCAGCAACUCAUCUCAGCCAUCAGUCUGCCUAUCGUGGGUCAGGAUGGAAAUGCAAAAAUCAUUAUAAACUACAGUUUGGACCCAAACCAGGGCCAGCUCACAGCCCAUAACCUGAAGAGAGAGCCUGAGCCAACCACCACUGACACCUUCAAGUCCCAGAAACUCCCCGAGGAUCUAACCAUCAGAGGCACCAGGCCCAACGAGACUACAGAAAAAGAGGAAAAGACCACUAAAACAUGCCUCCUGUGUGAUAACUGUCCCGGCGGGCUGGAAGCACUCGACGCCCUCAAGCACUGCAAGAAGGAUGGUGUCAGGCUGAACGGAGCAGGCCUGGAUAAGUCGGAGUCUGCUGUUGCUGCCUUGCUGUCAGAGGGAGGACUCUGUAACCAGCCCAAGAACCUCUUGUCCCUGCUCAAGGCCUACUUUGCCUUAAACGCAGAGCCCACCAAGGAUGAGCUGGCUAAGAUCUCUGGCUCUGUCAGCCUGCCGGUCCACGUGGUAAAGAAGUGGUUUGACAAAAUGCAGGAGGGUCAGAUAUCACUGGGCGCCCCGACACCUCCCUCAGAGGAAGAGGACACCUGUGAAGCUAACAGUGUGGUGUCUCUGUUCCCGGGGAAGGACAAGGCCACUAUGAGCCCCUCUGUGACCCAGGACAGCCCAACAGAAGCCACCCCAGCGGAGGUGAACGGCGCCCACAGCUCGCCAGCCUCUCCCUCACCACUAAACCUGACAGCCGGCGGUCCCGUCCCAGCCCAGCCGCCCCAGAGCACUGAUGGACCCCUAGACCUGUCGCUGCCAAAGCCCGCCAGAGAGGAAGCGGGGAGAGUGCCGGCUAAAGCACGCGUUCGCCCCUCCCCUUCCUCCGGCUCUACCAAUGCGGACGAACCCCUUAACUUAACUUGCACAAAGAAAGAGGCAUCGCCACUCUCAGCCAUGGGCGUCAGCCCCAUCGCACUGUACGCCAGCCAGACAAGUGCCAAACCCCUCGACAUUGUGACCACAAUGCAAUGCCUACGGGCGCUAGCCACUAACAACAAACAGACUAUCCUGAUCCCUCAGCUGGCUUACACCUAUACCACUACAGCAAGCAGCCCUGCUGGGACCCAGACGCACGAAACCAUCCACCUCAACGGAGUCAAGGCGGAGCCGCAGGACACGGGCUCAGAGGGCGUGUCCACCGUGGAGGAGCAGAACGACUCCGACUCGGGCCCUCCGAGGAAGAAGAUGAAGAAGACGGACAGCGGCAUGUACGCCUGCGACCUGUGCGACAAGAUCUUCCAGAAGAGCAGCUCACUGCUGAGACACAAAUACGAACACACAGGGAAGCGACCUCACGAGUGCGGCAUCUGCAGCAAGGCCUUCAAACACAAACACCACUUGAUCGAACACAUGCGGCUCCACUCGGGGGAGAAGCCGUACCAGUGCGACAAGUGCGGCAAGCGCUUCUCCCACUCAGGCUCCUACUCCCAGCACAUGAACCACCGCUACUCCUACUGCAAGAAGGAGACGCAGAGCCAAGGCGAGGGCCGGGAGAGCCCCGAGGAGGACGGCGAGGCCCGGGCCGAGAUGGAGGCGCUGGGCCGGCUGGAGCGGCUCCUGGCCACCUCCCAGCUGGACUUGGACGAGCGAGGGAGCAGCACAAGAGAGGAGGAGGAGAGCGAGGAAGAGGAGGAGGAGGAGGACAGCGGCGCGGUGGACAUGGACGACAUCCAGGUGGUGCAGAUAGGGGACGAAGGAGGGGAUGAGGAGGAGGAGGUGGAAGAGAGGAAUGAGGAGGAGGUGGUAGAGAGAGUAUUGGUGGAGGGAGGAGGAGGAGAGGAGGAGAUAGAGGGAGGAGGAGAGGAGGAGAAGACAGAGACAGAGGAGAAAGAGGAAGAAGAGGAGGCUGACACAAGGCAGCAGGAGGUGCUCGGGAGCAUUCAGGAAGAGGAGGAAGUCAAGAUGGAGGAAGAGGAGGCGAUGGAUACAGAGGAAGGGGUGACGGAAGAGGGGAAAGCAGAGGAGGAGGUCACGGAGGAGGUCACGGAGGAGGUCAAGGAGGAGAGCGGAGGCGAAACAGACACGGUUUGCGAAGAGCAGAACCCGCCGCCGCCGGAGAAAGGAGAUACUGACUAAAAAGAGGAAUCAGACUCCUCCAUGAGACACAAUCAGAUUCCUCCUCUCCCCGCGGAGAGGAAGAACGCAGGAGAUGAUGUCUGGUCACUCUGACAGUUCGCUUCAGUUCACUACUGUGUAGAAAUCCAGGUGUGCCUGAAAAAAAUACUAGUGACUUUUCCUGCAGGAGAACGAUUUUCUCACUGUUAGAAAAAUCAAUUUGUAAAGAAAAAGAUGAAGACGAACACGAAUUUUAACAAAACGAAGGAAAUGCAUUAUACAGACUUUGGAAGCUAGAGCCGACACGUUUUAGAUAAUGUUUUAUUACUAAAACACCUUGGGUCAUUUCUUUUUAUCAGUGUUACUAAUUUUAUCACUCAUAUUUUAACCUUUAAAAGCUGUACAGUUGGGAGAUAUUUCUAUACCUUUUUAUUGCCAAUGAACAAAAAAAAAAAAAGUCAGUAUUUUAUUAAGUUGGAAGGAAAAUAAGAAAAAAUCCUGUGCACUACAA